AGUCAAAGCGCCUGGCUGCUUAGUGCUUAUCAGCUCACUUUCGCCGCCCUUUUGCUCGUGAGUGGGCGGCUUAGCGAUCUGUAUAAUCCAAAAUGGGUUUUCGUUACAGGAGCUGUGAUGAUGGGCAUAUUUGCUCUUAUCGCUGGAUUUAUGCGCAGUAAAAUCCUCCUGAUUCUCUUUAGGGCUUUCAUGGGAGCGGGCGGCGCACUCACUAUGCCUUCGGCUCUGCAUUUAAUUGUUCACAUGUACCCUAACCCGGCUGAACAAGCAAAAGCUGUCGCUGCAUUUGGAGGGAUGGUCUCUCUGGUCCCGAAUAUUAGCCAUAGUGGCCCUAGCGAGUCUCGUUCUGCAAGAUUGCUGCGUUUCCGACGGCUCGACUUGGUCGGCGUUUCGGCUUUCACAGUGGCCCUUAUUCUAUUCAUUUUUGCUGUCACAUCGGGAUCCAUUGAUGGAUGGGGUUCUGCAGCAGUCAUCGCCCCUUUGGUUAUAUCUGCCUUCCUUCUACUCGCUUUCUUCCUGUGGGAGGCCAGGCUUCCCGAGUCCCAUGCUGCAUUACCUCCCAAAAUGUGGCGGUACGAGAAUUUCACAAUACUGGUAGCCAUAUCACUCGUGCCUUUCAUGUGGUGGGGUUCCGUGUUCUUGCUCUUCUCUUGGCUUUGGGAACCUGUUUAUGGAUGGUCUGCGAUUGAUACUGCAGUACAUUUCCUUCCCAUAGGUCUCGGAAUUUUCCCUGUACUUCCUCUAUCUGCAGGCCUACAGUCGAAAUUACCUCUGAAAUGGGUUAUUCUUUUGGGCCAUCUCCUUCUCCUCGCCGGGACACUUCUCUUGCCAUUCGCAAACUCCAAAGAGCGAUACUGGCCUUUCGUACUCCCAGGAUUUCUACUCGGAACUGCAGGAGCGGCGCUGAUUUACACCACCACCAACAUUGCCCUUCUCGCCAUCACGCCUCCAGAAGUGUCCGGUAUUGUGUCCGCCGUCUUCACAUGCGUCCUUCAGACUGGCGCCGCUCUGGGCGUCGCAAUCGUGACUUCCAUUCAGACCAGUGUCCAGAUAUCACAUGGCGGGCCGGACGGAUUCCAGGGUCGCGCAGCGGGCUUAUGGUUCCUCGUUGCGUUCAUAGCCACCAUGACCAUACUAUUCACCGUCUUCAUGAAGAACACCGUUGGUCCAGUGGAUCCAAACGCUCCACAAAAUCCCAAGGAAACUCCAGAGAAAGAGUCGUAAACGGAGUUAGGCAGUUGGGGUGAACCUAGAUGCAUCACCCUUUCAUCCGUUGUGCUGGCGACGCAGAUCCACUUUUUUGAUAGCUGUUUUUGCAUAUUUCACUUUGUCAUUAAAAAACACUUUUUCAUUCGG